AUGGAAUCAAAAACCAAAGUUUUGGAUUCAUCUUCGAUUUUCAAGGUCAGGGUGGUCCUUAGAGUUCGUCCCUUUCUUACCCGAGAGAUCGAGAAUGGUGAUGGACGAUCUUCCAUUUCCGUUAUCAGCAGCGAUGAUGGGGAUGCGAGCGAAGUAGCAGUUUACCUCAAAGACCCAGAUAGCUGUCGUAACGAAUGCUAUCAGCUUGAUGCAUUUUACGGGAGAGAUGAUGACAAUGUGAAGCAGAUAUUUGACAGAGAAGUAAACCCUUUGAUUUCGGGGAUCUUUCAGGGUUUAAACGCUACUGUGCUUGCUUACGGAGCCACCGGAAGCGGAAAGACGUUUACAAUGCAGGGAAUCGAUGAGCUUCCUGGCCUGAUGCCGUUGGCCAUGUCCACCGUUCUGUCAAUGUGCGAGAAGACGGGAAGUAGAGCGGAGAUAUCAUAUUAUGAAGUUUACAUGGACAGAUGUUGGGAUCUCCUAGAAGUCAAAGCUAACGAGAUUGCUAUUUGGGAUGAUAAAGAUGGACAUGUCCAUCUUAAGGGGCUCUCUAGUAUCCCAGUUAGCUCCAUGCAUGAGUUUCACGAGGCCUACUCGUGUGGUGUUCAGCGGAGGAAAGUUGCACACACUGGUUUAAAUGAUGUCUCUAGUAGGAGCCAUGGGGUGCUUGUGAUCUCCAUAACCUCAGAAGGGACUGUCACUGGGAAAAUCAAUCUGAUUGAUCUGGCAGGUAACGAAGACAAUAGAAGGACAGGCAAUGAAGGAACCCGUCUACAAGAGAGUGCCAAGAUUAAUCAGUCCUUAUUUGCACUGUCCAAUGUGGUUUAUGCGCUGAAUAAUAACCUGCAAAGAGUGCCUUACAGGGAAAGCAAAUUGACCAGAAUACUGCAGGAUUCACUUGGAGGAACAAGUAGGGCUCUCAUGGUGGCAUGCCUGAAUCCUGGAGAGUACCAAGAAUCUCUUCGCACUGUUAGCUUGGCUGCAAGGUCAAGGCACAUCUCCAACAAUGUUUCGUUGAAUCCCAAGGUUGAGACCCCCAAGGUUAAAGUAGAUAUGGAAGCAAAACUGCAAGCUUGGCUGGAAUCAAAAGGCAAGACGAAGAGCACGCAUAGAAUGAUGGCAAUACGUUCUCCGCUGUUUGGUACAAAUCAAGCUUCAGUUUCUCAAAAGUCGGUCAAGAAACUCGGCUGUCACAGAACAGAAAAUGCUAAAAUUGCUGGCACAGGAGAUAGGGAGGCAUUUGUGACUGCGAGGAACUUAUUUGGUGAUGAAGCUCAUGAAGCUCCUGCUGCUUCAGGUUUAUGGGAACCAAUACAGAACCUUCACUUAGCUUCUCCAACCAAAGAAGACGAGAGAGAGACAUCUGGCGAAGAGAGUAUAUUGGUAUCAGAAGCAAGCUUGAGAGAUAACCCAUUGGAGAUAGAGAAGAAACAUACUGAACUCAGUCCUCUUCGAGAAGCUCUAUCUCCAAUAGACACAAAUACAAAACCAAAGUCAGGAGGUGGCUACUCUUCCAUCCUCAAGCCAAUGACCCCCAAAACACCAUUUCUUUCUGCAAACCCUGAGAAUAUACAAAAGAGUGGCACUUGCCAGAAGUUCAAUGCUUGGAGCACUAAUUUAAAGACCUCUCUCAUAAAUGAGUACAUUCACUUCUUGAACACAGCCGACAGAGAAGAGCUAAUGGAGUUAAAGGGAAUUGGACAGAAGAUGGCUGAGUACAUAGUUGAGCUCAGAGAAACAAGCCCCUUGAAAUCGCUUACGGACUUAGAGAAGAUCGGUUUCACUUCAAGACAGGUACAUAACUUAUUCAAAAGAGCCACUGAAGGAAUUCUUGAGAAGCCAGUUUCUGCUUCAACAACACCUUAG